AUGGAGGACCUGCUCAGCCUGUUAGAGCGGAGGAUGCCCAAGCCCGCGCCACCCGCGCCGCCCGCGCCCCCCCUGCCAGCUGCGGGAGCCGUGGCUCUGAGCCAAGAAAUGGCGCGGCCGGCGGCGAAACCAGAAACAGCGCUGCUGCAGGGAAACCCGGAAGCGGCAGCAGCUGCGGAGCGGCGGGCAGAGGUGGCGGCGCUGGGCGCGUCCGCAGAGAACGGACCGGCGGCGGCGCCAGGCGCGUCCGCGGAGCGCCGGCCAGAGAUGGCGGCGCCGAGCGUGCCCGGGGAGCGCGAAACAGCAGUGGAAGAGGUGACUGCGCCGAACGUGGCUGCUGUGCGAGAGACGAGCGCGGCGCCGGCCGCGGUGCCGGCCGCGGUGCCGAGCGCAGCCAUAGCCCUAGAGACGGUGGCUGCAGCUUCAGUACCGACUCGGUCGGAACUGGCCGAGACGGCCUCCUGUAAAGAGACUGCUGUGACCUUUGUGAAGGACUUCUGUGCCUUUUCUGUCAUGUUCCACCAGAACAGAGAGGCAUUUUUACAAAGCUUGGCCAAGCUGGGAAUUCUUCCUGCUCUUGAAAUUCUACUGGGAAUGGAUGAUCUACAAGUGGCAUCUGCUGCCACAGAGAUCUUGUCUUGUUUUGUCGACUUCUGUCCAUUCCUGGUCCACGAAUUUCUCAUGCAAGAGGCCCAGCAGAGGGACCACGGUACCGACCUCAUCCGUGUGCUCAUGAAGCAGCUGUUCCACCAUCCUGCUGCUGCAGUAGGAGGAGCUGAUCAGGUCGUGGAGCUGUUGCAGACUCUGCUCGAUCCCGGGAAUCUGCUGGCCACAGCUGAUGUAUCCAAAAUAAUUGGAUUUUUCAACUCUUUCUACACCCGCUGCCUUCCUGUUCUGACUGCGCCGCUUCUGGCCAACGCAGCCAAAGGUACCUGGGAAAUAGGGAAUGAGGAUUUUUCCUUGUUUCCAGAUGAUUAUCAAACAGCACAACUCCUGGCCUUGAUUUUGGAGCUGCUGACUUUUUGUGUGACGUGGCACAAGGAGCACAUGAGGGCUUACAUCUUCCACUGGGAUUUGCUAAGACGAGUCCUCCUCUUGAUCAAUUCCAAACACACCUUUCUGGCCUUGCGGGCUCUGCACUUCCUGAGGAAGAUCAUUGGCCUGAAGGAUGAGCUGUAUUCCCAUUACAUCAUCCAGGGAAAGCUCUUGGCACCCCUUGUGCAGGCUCUGCUGCAGAGUGGAGCUACGUCCAACCUGCUCCACUGGGCUGUGCUGGAGCUGUUUGAAUUCCUCCGACUGGAAGAUUGUAAGUCCCUGGUUGCCCAUGUCAUCGAGAGCUUCUAUCCUGCACUGCAGUCCAUCAGCUACGUGCAGACAUUCCAGGGACUGAAGAGGAAAUACGAGAGAGACAAGCACCGACAAAAGCAGAGCGUGCACAGGGUCCCAUCCCUCUCAGGCAGAGGUGCAAGAGCCUCAGGGCAGGAAGGCAAAUUGAACAUCGAGGCAGACCAAGGGGGCGCAGCUCAGACAGCACCAACGAGCUCCAAGGGCUCCUCUUCCAACAAGGCGACCCCACGCCCGCAGCUGACGGCCCCCAAGAGACGUCAGCCAGCGGAGUCUGCCAGUGAUCAAGAGGAGGAGAUAAUCCCAAAGAAAAGGCUGCAUCUGGCCUAAGGAAGGAAACCCCUAUUUUGAAGGAAGAACUGUUAUUUUGGGGUUUCCAGGCUAGGAAGAGUUAGAUGUUAAUUAGUAGUAGUUUGUAUUAGGUUUAUCUUCUGUUUGUUAAGAUAUUUGCUGUUUUAUGUAGAUAGACAAGUUGGUAGAGUUAGGUCAAGAAGUUUCCUUUCUGUUCAAGUUCCCAAUAAAAUUGUUUGAUCUUGUUCUAAAAUAGGUGUUAAGAUUAAUAGAUUAAGGCUGAGCUGUAACAUUCAGGAACUGACAUUGGACUCUGUAAUUGUAGAAGAUGAAUUACUGAUAAA